AUGGCCAAACAGCAGCAAGAAAACACCUCCGGCGUCAUACCCCUCGUCACCGAGUACCGGAACCGCGGGCGGGCCGCAAAGGGGCUCGCGGUCUUUCUGGUGGCGAGUAUCAUGGCCAUGCUGGUGUUUAAGCUCGUGCCGUUCCCGUUCCCGCUGGGGUAUGAGUUGUAG